GAUCCGAUUGUCUUCCGCCUCGCACCCUCUCCAUCCCCUCGUAAGACGGUUAGGGCACCGGGGUGGCAUUAUUUUUUCAUCUUUUUUUUAUUCGCACCUCCGCCCUUUUUCGUUGGAUUGACUCAAGACUGACAAUGGUUCUGUUCCACCGCGCCUCUCCACACCACUCGGUGCUGGUGGACGAACUUGACCUAGUUCAAAUCAGAAAAGUGGAUUGUGUGUGUAAUACACUUAUAUUCCAAGACGAAAGCUGUUGCUCCGACUGACUCGAGUGAGCACUAAAAAAUUAUUCCGAUUUCGCGCUGCCGCCAAUUAAUAGCUCGUCGCUAAUUCCUUGUCAAAUUUGCCCAAGAAAUUGGCUUUUCGGUGCAAUUUUUGGCGACCGAUUGCCGAAAAAAUCUUUACCAAUUUACUUGUUAAUCAAUUCUACCGACAUGCAUAAAUAUUUCCUUUCUUUUAUAUUUUUUAUUUUCUUUGUCUUCCCGCCUUAUUAAAUGUGCGUUUUCUUCAUCCUUUCACUACUUUGCUUAUCGAGCAAACUGCGCAUUACUUGUUCUCGCGAACGCACGUUUCUCAGAUAUUUUAUCCUUUAGUCAGAAUUCUUCCCCAUUUUAUCACUAUAACGCAAUUAAUUUUUUUUCUGCUAGAAGAUUUUCCACUUUUUUAAGAGCUGUUGUUUUUCUCAGUUGAGCACGUGCUUUGAGGAGGAAUUUAAUUUGCUGCACAGCUGAUCCAUAAUCUCAAAUUUACACUGGCCCAACCUGCUGCACUCCCGAUCGAUCUAAAUCACUUUCACAGUUUUUCGAACUUCACGUAGAAUUUUCUGUUUCUUUUUACUUUCAACUCCGUUUCCUCUGCUGGCGCAUCUGGGCUCGUCGAGGGGCUGGUUUUUUUAAUAUUUUAAGUCUAAUUUUAAAGUCCCCUAAAUCUCGAACCCUGAUAGGUUUAUUUGAAUCUGGAAUGACUGAUUCGACAAAAGGUAAGGACGGCAGCAAAGUGACGACGGUGGUGGCGACUCCUGGGCAGGGCCCUGACCGACCUCAGGAGGUGUCCUACACGGACACCAAAGUCAUAGGCAAUGGUAGCUUUGGCGUUGUGUAUCAAGCAAAGCUCUGCGACUCAGGCGAGAUGGUCGCCAUUAAAAAAGUACUCCAGGACAAGAGAUUUAAAAAUCGAGAACUGCAAAUAAUGCGACGGCUCGAGCACUGCAACAUAGUCAAACUCAAAUAUUUCUUCUACUCAAGUGGAGAUAAGAAAGAUGAAGUGUACUUGAACCUGGUGCUUGAGUACAUUCCUGAAACGGUCUACAAAGUGGCGCGCCACUACAGUAAAUCGAAGCAGACGAUCCCAAUCAGCUUUAUAAAGCUGUACAUGUACCAGUUGUUCCGUAGCCUGGCAUAUAUCCACUCACUUGGAAUCUGCCACCGGGACAUUAAACCACAGAACCUUCUUCUUGACCCUGAAACAGGGGUGCUCAAGCUCUGCGACUUUGGCUCAGCAAAGCACCUGGUCAAGGCCGAGCCCAAUGUCUCCUACAUCUGCUCCAGAUACUACCGUGCCCCAGAGCUCAUCUUUGGUGCUAUCGAUUACACCACCAAAAUAGACGUGUGGAGCGCUGGGUGCGUGCUUGCGGAACUUCUAUUGGGUCAGCCCAUCUUCCCAGGCGACUCGGGGGUUGACCAGCUGGUGGAAAUCAUCAAGGUGCUGGGCACCCCGACCCGAGAGCAGAUCCGAGAGAUGAAUCCCAACUACACUGAGUUUAAGUUCCCCCAGAUAAAAUCGCAUCCCUGGCAGAAGUUGAUGCUCGAAAGAAUGUCCAUGCCUAAAAGUACCACCGAGCACCAGCGCAUCAGAGUGUUUCGAACGCGGACACCACCAGAAGCAAUUGACCUAGUGUCUCGGCUGCUGGAGUACACGCCUGGCUCUCGGAUCUCGCCACUUCAGGCGUGCGCCCACAACUUUUUCAAUGAGCUCAGGGAGCCUAAUACACGUCUGCCCAACGGCAGGGAACUACCCCCUCUCUUUAAUUUCACCGAACAGGAACUGGCAAUCCAGCCUCAGCUUAAUUCAGAGCUGAUCCCCAACUACCAACAGGAGCGCACCGGAGGGGCUGCAGGACCAAGCGUUGCCCCUGUGGAAGCAGGCUCGUCGGUUGCGGCAGACGCAGUGCCCACGGGUGGCGAAGCCAGCCCAGCUGGUGGGGGCGUAGCCUAGCUCCCAGGCUGCGUGAGCCACCCCCGGCAGCCAGACCAGUGUAUGCAUUAAUCUUCAGUGUCGCAACCUGUAUUUGAAAAGAAAAGAAACUAGAGCAAAGUAGCCUCCUCCUCAAUGACUUUCCUUGGAGGAAUUAAAAAAUGCGCGCACUCUUUCUCUUCGUAGGCGGUAGUGGAGGCAGCCUUUGAGGGUUCCCCAAAUCCACGGGGGCCCGUGGGGGCUUUUUGAUAUACAUAAAUCUAUAUUAUCUUGUUAGGGAGGCUGUCCGUUCUUGUUGAUUGGUUGUUGAGUUGUUGAGCUGCUGCUGAUCUUAACUUUCAGUUUCUCUUCUGAUUUCAAUAUAAUGCCCGUGCGUUGUCGUGUGUUUUAAAUUGGUCGCUGUAAAUAAUGCUGCCCCCGAUUCCCUUCCAACCCGGCCCCCCUCCAAGUUGUUUUUAGUCGCAAACAGCCACCCCUCCCUAAAAGCAAAAAAAAAUCGCAAAAAACCUUCAUACCUUCCCCUAAGAGCAAAAGAUGUAUCUAAUCUGUUUCUGACGAAGCACCCUCACACGUUUAAAAUUACAAUUGCAUUAAUCAAUUACGAUUGACAGGUAAUAAAUAUUACAAAUAAAGAUACCAAUACAUUGCUGUACAGAAA